UCAUAGUUCCUUAAGAGACAUCCAGAGAAUGAUGGACAUUAUCUUGUAUAUACAUAUUGCACAUCUCCAGACGUAGACAUUACUUAGGAUAGGUUAAAAGUAUGGGCAAAUAAUGAAACAUUUAACAGAAUAAGUACACCAAUUUUCACUUCACUUGCUUUGGUACAUAAAUUCUUGGCUUAAAAUUUGAUUGUCCUAAAGUCCACCUCAUUCAACCUGUCAAAGGUUACUUCUGUUGUAAAGUUGGCAGAAAGGAAGGACUGCUUGUGCCUCAGGCACUAUGCAAAACCUCCUGUAUGUGGGCACAGUUUUGAUGUGCAGUUCUCUAGUGAAAACACUGUCUUAACCAGUGUCUUACUACUUGUUCCCACUGGAUUGUUCCAAACUGUUUGUAUUGCCACGUUAUAAACCAUAUCAAGGAAUUAAUCUGAUUCAAACUCUUUCCCCCAUGUUAUUUUUCAGCUUGAUAGUUCGCCGUGGCACCACAAGAACAGCUGUGUUGGUACAACAGUUCGCAGUGUGAGGGCGGGAUGAUUUAGCAAGAGUGGAACUGCUUAAGAAACAUCCCAUCGCUGCUUAAAACUCAAAUCACCCACGAAGCUAACAUGCUAUUUAACUGAUGUCACUGUAUGUGGUUCUGUCUGUUGCCUUCAAGGAGUGUGGUAAAUUCUGGCAGUAGUACAGGAGGAACUGCUGAGAGUGGUCAUAUGGUAAAUUAUUGCCACAAAAUUUGCAAAAAGGUCAUAGAUUUCGUUUUAGGCCAUCUGUUUCCAGGCAAGGCUCAAUGAAUGAUGCAUGUGGGUUGCACCGACCCAUGGAGCAACAGAAAUUAGUGGGCUUUUUCUUACUUAAAUGCAAACUGACUAAGGACCCUAACAUCGGUGCUUUCGUAAUGUUAAAACUUUUUUAAAUGGUAGAGCUAAGGAAGUCGGUAAAAUGGUAAACAAGAGUUUGAGGCAGCACAGUGGUAGAUGCAUCUUGACAAAAUACAGCUAAAGAAGGGAAGUUAAAGAGAAAAAACAUGCAUUACAAGGUUGGGGUCUUGCUGUCCUAGAUUCGAGUAGCUGGAAUCCUAUUAGCAUGGCCAGUGGCAAGUUUGAUUAAUGCUGGAAGCCUGGGGUGAGUGAAGAGUAUUCUGUGUAUCAGUCAUACAACAGAAAUGUACCUGAGAAUACCUUUAUUUACAAGAAAAAAUAAGUUGUGUGUUCCAAAUACAGUUUACUUAAUAAUUUGGAAAUUUUAAUUAAUAAUCUUGUUGUAGAAAAUGUCAAGAUGAUGUUUUCUUUCGAGUAAUUAGGCCUGCUGGAUCUGUAGCACUCCCAUCUCCCAAGGCCUAUUUUAACCUGGCUAGCUGGGGCAAACCCCUCUUGCUUGGCGUCCUCUAAAGUGUACUUAUUGCUGUCUGAAGCAUGCUGAGCGUUAUGACAUUGCUUACAAAUAUUCAAUAUCAGUUACUCAUGGUGGGGUUUUGCCAUCGCUGCGAGUGAUGGAGGAUCCUCUUGUCCCUGAUGUUCUGCCAUUUGGUUGGUUUUACUUAAUAACUCUUUCCUUUGCUACAGCAUUGGACAGGUCCCUGGAGUGCCUUCACUCCUUCAUUUGGUUUGAUAUUCCAGUGAAAGAUAAGACCAGUCACGCUUUCCAGAGACCAAAGAAACUGAGGAUUUCAGCAGAGAAGUUGCAGAAGUAUGGGACAUAGCUGCUGCAGUAAUUGGUAUGUGACCCCAGGUGGAAUCACUUUAUCCUCAUCCUGGCUGGGUUGAAUUAGAUCCUGAAGUGCUGUGGAGUCAGUUUGUUGGUGUGAUAAAAGAAGCUGUACAAGCUGCAGGACUUCACAUGAGGCAAAUUGCUGGUCUUGGUAUCUCAACGCAGAGAGCAACUUUUAUUACAUGGCACAAGAGGACAGGGAAACCUUUCCAUAAUUUCAUAAGUUGGCAAGACUUAAGAAGUGCUGAACUUGUGAAUUCCUGGAAUAAGUCCCUUCUGCUGAAGGUAAUCCAUGUUAUUUUUACAGUGCUUCAUUUCUUGACUGGGAAUGAUCGAUAUUUGGCACCAAGUUUUCUUACUUUUUCAACACAACAGACUUCUAUGAAGUUGUCAUGGGUUUUUAAAAACAUACAUGAGGCUGAAGAAGCUGCCAAAAAAAAUAACUGCUGCUUUGGAACAGUUGACACAUGGUUACUGUAUAGAUUGACUAAAGGCUCUGUGUAUGCUACGGAUUACUCAAAUGCCAGUGCUACAGGCAUUUUUGAACCCUUUACGAAAUGUUGGAAUCCCACUUUGUGUAAUUUACUUUCUAUUCCAAUGUCUAUUUAUCCUUCGGUGAAAGACACAAGCUUCAACUUCGGAUCAGCUGACUCUGAAAUAUUUGGAGCACCUAUUCCAAUAAUGGCAAUGGUAGCUGAUCAGCAGUCAGCAAUGUUUGGAGAAUGCUGCUUUCACCCAGGAGAUGUUAAACUGACAAUGGGAACUGGUGGUUUCUGGAAUGUGAAUACAGGAGGACAUCUCUUUGCAUCACAGAGUGGUCUGUACCCACUGAUUGGUUGGAAGAUUGGGGAAGAAGUUGUUUACUUAACUGAAGGGUGUAUGUCAGACAUUGGCACCGCCAUAAAAUGGGCUCAGGAUAUAAAUCUUUUCACCAAUGUAGAUGAAACAGCAAAAAUGGCACGGAGUAUUGUUGAUUCUCAAGGCGUUUGUUUUGUUCCAGGUUUUAAGGUUUCUGUGAAUGAUCCAGAUUUAUGUGCCUCUUUCAUGGGGCUGAAACCUUCCACUACCAGAAACCAUCUUGUACGAGCUAUAUUGGAAUCUAUAGCUUUCAGAAACAAACAGCUUUAUGAUAUCAUUGUGAAGAAGGUACGCAUUCCUCUGCAAACUAUUCGAGCUGAUGGAGGUGUCAGUAAUAAUAGUUUUGUCAUGCAGAUGACUUCAGAUUUAAUUAAUAAGAAAAUAGAAAAACCUGCAAAUGCAGACAUGUCUAGUCUUGGUGCAGCUUUUCUAGCAGGCCUUGCUUCAGGAUUUUGGACUGACAAAGAACAACUGAAGAAGCUAAGGCGAAUAGAAGCAGUUUUUGAGCCCAAGAAGGACUUAGAAGAAUACAGACCUGCUAUGGAUACCUGGCUACAAGCAACAAAACACUCCCUGCACUGGUAGAAAUUGGAAUUUU